AUGCCCUCCCUCAUUCCACUCAAUGACACGUUGGGUGCCAGUUUCAUCGGGGUCGUUUUCUCGAGCGUGGUAUUCGGCAUAACAUGUCUCCAAGCCUAUAUGUACUACACUCAACACUGUGGACGUGACAACCUAAGGCUCAAAAUAAUGGUCGGUUCCCUCCUCGCGCUGGAUACACUACAUCUUGCUUUUAUUUGUGUGUUCAUGUACCACUAUACCGUAACGAACUUCGGGGACUAUAAGGUCCUACUAUUUGCCCACUGGAGUGUUCUGGUACAAGUACCCUUAGCGCAUCUACUGAGCGUGAUUAUUCAGCUAUUCUUUGCCUGGAGAAUAUACCAUAUUAGUAAGAAACGUCUCUGGAUCCCCUGUGCCAUCGCAUGGUCCACAAGUGCCUUAUCCCUCAAUGCUGCCUGUGACGUACUUAUUGCGGGAUCAAUGAUGUUCUACUUACGAAGGAGCAAGACCCUAUUCUCAAGGACGAACCAGGUUAUCACUCGCCUCAUCACAUACGCCUUGAAUACUUGUCUUCUUACAACCGUGUGUGGCAUCGCAUGUUUAAUCACGUAUAUCGUCGCAGCAAGUGACUCUCUGGCCUUUAUACCUUUCUUUUUCAUGCUCCCUCGCGUGUAUACUUGCUCCUUCAUCUCAACGUUAAAUACUCGCGGUAACAUACGGCAAGACCUUAUACCUAGUAGCGGGCUGAUCACACUCUCCCAUCUUGGAGACAGCCGCACCUUGGCGCACAGUUCGGACAAUAGUCAGGGAGCAAUGCACAGGAGUGACGCAGCUUGGUCGGACGACAUGAGACUCGGACACUCCGAUUACUCGGGAGUGAUGGACAUCGAUGGCGUCAAGAAGGCAGGUGGGACUGUAUGAGACCGAAGUAUGCUCUGCGAGUGUACCAUAAGCCACGGACACAUGGUUGCCUACGGGCUUGUUUGUGCACCUAUUUGGACCACAAUCUGUUGGGUCUUUGUUUUGUUGUGACUGAUUGUACCAAUACUCCUUCGCUUUUUCCCUUCUCUU